UGUUUGGCCAGACUGGCGCAGAGUAGAAAAAAUUGUACAUGUUACGACGAGGGAACGAUAACUCUGUCAUUCUGCCGUCAACUGCUGGCGUGUUUUACACCAUGCAAUUUCGAGCCUUCGCUUUGGACACUAAUAGGAUGGCAUAAAAUUCCACUCCCUCUUUUUUAAAGGAGUACCAAAAUGAAUCUUCGAACUGGAAAUUACAAAAACAGCAGAUCGCCAUGGACCGGGAGGUUGUUCCUGGUAUUGUUGCUUUCUUCAGUUUCGGCAAAGAUGAAAACAAGACUUGUCGCAAACUUCUUUAACCAUGGAGACUGCCCUGAAAAGAAGCAUGACUUCCGUUUCACAAACGUGACUUUGUUUAUGAACAAAGGAGGGGGAGUCUACGCGUACUUGGAAUUCGAUCUUUUAAGGCCAGCAAAAGUCCUCUCUAAGGUAUCAUUUGUUUUUCAUCGCUGUUUGGGUGCCAUAUCACCAAACCUGUGUGAAUAUUAUCAAACUCUUUCUUGGGGGACUGCUAUCUGCAACCUCCUCGUUUUAAAGCACAUGUUGUGGUCUCAAAUUCUUGAGAGUACACAGCCAACCUUUAAAUGCCCCGCAAAAGCUGGCCAUUACAUCGUCACCAAUGCAUCGUUCGAUUUGGAAAAUGUGGAAAAGACACUCCCAGGCCUUGGAAAGGAGAAAUACAUUUGGACAAUAGAAGUCCUUUCUUACAAGGAAACAAAAGAACUCUACACGUGUUUCAGUUUUUCUACGCAAUUAACAAGAAUAAAGGUUCAACAGUAAUGCA